AGAGCGAACACUAACACUGUGUAGGUGCUUUCUUAAACGCAUCUCUCUCUCUCUCUGUCCCUCUCUCUCUCUCUGUCUCUCUGUCUGUCUUUCUGUCUCCUUCUGUCUCUCUGUCUCGGACUAAUAGGUGAAUUGAUAGAUAAAUGCUCAAUAACGAGGAGCAGCACUAAGAAGAGGAAUUGGAAACGCUCGAGUCGGCUGGGAAAGUUUUCUCCGGUCUUCUUCAUCCAACUCGACCAGGGCAUCAAUCCAGAAGAGAUUAGAAUGGAAUAUAUCAGAAAAUAGAUUCUAAAAUAUCGACAUAAACAGAAGAACAUCCUGAACUUUGUUGAAUGAAACUAUGGGGGAAGGAUAUCCUGCAUCUGUACUUGAUUUGACACCGACCGUGUGUGUGGGAUGCCACCGCCUCAUCCAUGACAAGUACCUGCUUAGCGUCAUUGAUGGCCUAUGGCAUGAGCAAUGCGUCCGGUGCGUGGCGUGUGGCGAUCCGCUCAAGAACACUUGCUUUCUCCGGGACCAGAAACUUUACUGCAAGCGGGACUAUGUCAAUCUGUUUGCAGUGAGGUGUGGUGGCUGUGCAGAGGCCAUCUCCCCUGCAGAGCUGGUGAUGCAUGCUGGAGCUGCAGUGUUCCACCUGGCCUGUUUCAGCUGCAGUCUGUGUUCCUGUCUUCUGCGGACCGGAGACUGCUGUGUCCUCAGGGAAGGACGGUUGCUCUGUGCUAGAGACUACAACCAGGAAGUGGACAGACCCACCUCAUCAGACUCAGGUGAAAGUGAUGAUGAGGAGGAGGAGGAGGAGGAGGAGGAGGAGAAAGGGGAUGAGGGUAGUGUGAAGGCUUCAGGCAGACGUGGCGGCGAAGCAGACGACCCUGAACACAAACGACCCAAACGUCCACGCACUAUUCUGACCACCCACCAGAGACGGGCCUUCAAAGCAUCCUUCGAAGUCUCCUCCAAGCCCUGUCGGAAGGUAAGGGAGACCUUGGCAGCGGAGACCGGUCUGAGCGUGAGAGUCGUGCAGGUCUGGUUCCAAAACCAAAGAGCCAAGAUGAAGAAACUGGCCAGAAGGCAGCAACAGCAGCAGCAACAAGAGCAGCAAGAACAGCCAGCACAUCACACUGCGCCCUCCUGUGGCAGUCUGACCUCUGACCUGAACCCUCUGAGCUUGUACCACCACGCCCAGCACCACCACCCCAGCCUCCAGCAGAUGCAGGCCCUGGCCCAGGCCACCUCCUUGGGGGUGCAGGAAUAUGACAUGGAACCCUUUAGACAGGGACUCACCCCUCCACAGAUGCCCGGGGACCACAUGCACCCCUACC